AUAAAGGAUAUAACUUGGAACCCCAUUUUUAGAGGGUAUUACAGUCUUGAAGCUUUAGGCUAUUCAAAAUAUUCAUUGGAAAAAAAAACAAGAAACCUAAUUCUCGCAAAACGAGAUUACUGUGAAAUUAUAAAACGCUUUGAUGAGAAAGUUGAACCGUUUUUUGAAAACAUUUGUAAACAGAUUCGUCUAUCUCUCGAAUUUGUAUAGCUGAAGGCAUCUAAGAAAAGCAUACGCAAGCGCACCUAUAGAAGCCUUGGGUUUCAAGGGAGGCCGAACAGAAGUCACCGGAGAGACCCAACAGGGCAACGUCCGCGGAGAUCUUCAACAGUGGUACAGGAUCUUGUAAUGGGUAUCAGUAGAACAGAAGUAAACUUGAGGAGGUUGCUUGCAGCUGCACCCCAACAACAAAAUCGGGCAAAGCUUAUACAUUAUGUUGCUACUUUACGAGAACAAUUAGAACAACUAACUGAAGAGAGAACUCUAGAAGGCUUACCAAGGGUUUCAAAACAGAAGGUGAAUGAGUAUGCGGAGGAGAUUGAAGCCAUUGCGUCCAAAAUAAUUGCUCCAUCGUCUGAUGUGCAAGUAUCCCAAGAGCCUCUUUCUGGUACUUAUGGCCAGGAAAGCCAUUCCAAAGACGAAGAGGAUUCCAUCCCCCAUUCCCCAGGAUUGCGAAGGAGAUUUGUGCCUGCUUCAAAUGUUGAAGAUAGAACUCAUGAUACUGUAAAGGCAGAUGCAUCAGGGCCAGUCAAAUUGGAUGCUGCAGCACAGGCACAUGUUGAAAAGCACAGGAAGCUUCAAGAAGACCUGACAGAUGAAAUGGUCGGAUUGGCAAAGCAACUCAAGCAGGGUAGUCUCUUGAUGAGCCAGUCCAUAAAGAACUCUGAAAAAAUACUUGAUUCUACAGAGAAAGCAGUUGAGCAUAGCUUGGCAAGCACUGGCCGUGUCAAUACACGGGCUAUGGAGAUAAACUCGAAUGGUUUUAAGACCACAUGCUUCACAUGGAUUCUGAUCUUUGUCAUGACAUGUAUCUUCAUUAUGGUUGUGCUUCUAAUUCGCGUCACUUAAGGGAAGGGGGAUAAACUCAACAUUGUUUUUCUGCUUAUGGAAGACGAAAAUUCCUUUAAUCACGGCCAUGGGUCUUCUGCUGCCCUGUGCAAGGGAAAUCUCCUUGAAGAGAUUGGUUACUGAUGGAUUUGCUUUUAAUCUUCUCUGUCAUUAAUCACUAAUGUGAAAGCAAUGAAUAUCCUUUUUUAGCCCAAUUAAAACAAAAUGAGAUCACUUUUAAUGUA